AUGAUGCAGCCUCAUAAGAAACUGUAUCGCGGACCGCAGGCUGACGCAGCCACCUUCGCGACGCAGCAAGAGUUUCUGGAUAGUUUGGUACCCAUACCGAUGGAGUCGGUGGACGACAACAGCCGCAAAUGCUCCUAUUGCUGGAAGUUAUACGGCGAGUCGACCCCCGGCAACGACGACGCUGAGGAGCCCGUGAGGUUCAAAUGCGAUCAUGUGUUUGGUGAGAAGUGUAUGCGAGCGCUGUUCGCCAUGCGAGAGCCAGCUCGAGUAGACCUGAAGCCCCUCUCAUUCUCGCCGGGCUCGAGAGGUGCGGAUCUAGGUAGCCGCCUAAGUGCAUAUAUCGAUUCUCAAGGCGUAGAGAAGAGCGCGUUGUUGACCGGCGGCGAUCGAAAGAAGUACUUUGUUCAUCUACUUCAAAAAGUCAUGCCAACAAUGAAGUCGUACCCUGGCGACCCCAGGCAUGGUCAUGCCGUCGAACUCCUAGGCAAAGAUUGGCUCAGGCUUGUCUUUGAGAUGUUCAAUCACAGUGAUCCCCAUCCCGGCCACUUCCACCUCCUGGAAAAUGCCAUAAUCAUGGAUAGCGAGCACCCUAUCCAGCACUUACCAUUUACAACGUCAUCAAUGAGUGCUUACGGCACUUAUCCAACACCAACGUCUGCCAUACAGCAGCCUGAUUAUGGAGGUUGGAUCGGCUCAACUUGGCCUCCGGGAAUGCCAUCGCCAGCUGCGUAUGCCAUGAAUCCAUUGGCGGUACCGUACACCUCUUGGGCACAAGAACAGCAGAAAAUCAAGGAGCAACUAGAGAAAAGCUCCCCCACCUCAACCGCAUGGCCAGACAUAUUGGCGAGCAAAUCGGGACUGGAUAGCCUUGUCGAAAAGCACAAAGAGUUACUGCAAGAACAUAAGCAAUUGGAUGAGCAACUAAACACUGCUGGAGCGGACCAAAAGGCGGCCCCGAGUAUCUGGGUCCCUUCGGCCCCAACAUAUUCAGCCCCGCCAACACAUUCGGGCCCAACACAGUUCCAGAAGUCGAGCACGCCUGCGGAGAAGUUAGCUCAACAGGAUGCUAACGAGCAGAAACGCAUCAAAGCCUUCAUAAAGCAGCUGGCGCGGUCUUUCGCAAGAGUGUACGAAGCCUACGAGCGACACCAACAUGACGAAGCCGUGGUCGGAAGCCUCCCGCCUCCAGUGAAGCUAAGCCUUGCGGACACGAACAAAACCCCGUCGAUGUCGCAUGCGCCUGCGCAAGAACUUAUCGAACAGUAUCUUUCUCACUCUCCAGUCUUCUUAUUGACGGCCAUCGUCCACGAGAAAUCUUUGGGCGCAAAGGGUAUUGAGGUUAUCCAGCCCUGCUCUUACGAGCAUAUAGGUACACAGGACAUGGAUGAGGACGAAUCUGACGAAGACGGAUUAGUGGACUCUGAUCGAGCACCGGCAGUCUUCGCAGGCAAAACCGUCUUGCUGAAGCGGAAGACUUGCAAGAAAUGCUGCGCCAAGUCAACAUCCCUAUCAUCCCCCCUCCCAACGCCAGAGUACGUUUUCUGGCAGGACAACAAGAAGGUACCUGAUGACUGUCCGAUCUGCCGGCGCAUUCUUUUCAAGAAGAAAGGUUAG